AUGUUUCGUAAUCCAAAGGAUACAGCUGUAUCACUAUUUCACUUCUACAAUAACAAUCCUAUGCUCCCCAACUACAAUAGCUUUGAUGAAUUUUUCUCUGACUUCAUGAGUGGAAAAGUUAUCUGGGGUUCUUACUUUGACCAUGCUGUUGCUUGGAAUAAACAGCUUGACUCAGACACUGUUUUGUUGAUGACUUAUGAAGAUAUGAAAGAGGAUCUAGAGGGAUCAAUUAAGAAGAUUUCAGAUUUUUUUUCUAUGCCUCUCACUGAAGAGCAAGUUAAGGCCAUUGCUGAUAAAGGGACAUUUAAGUCUAUGAAGGAAAAUUCCAAAAAUACACAUGGUGAAAUUGGCAACGCUAUCUUUCGAAAAGGAGAUGUUGGAGACUGGAAAAAUUAUUUUUCAGAAGCUCAAAGUGAAGAAAUGGAUGCUGAAUUUGAAAAGAGCUUGGCAGGAACAAAACUUGGAGAAGUUCUGAAGUACAACAUAUAUUGUAAAGGGUGA